CACAGAUGACUGCAUUUACAUAAGCAAUCGCGAUUUCCACUGUGCACAGCCCAGCUCCUUUAAAUAUACAUCAGCAUGCUGGGUGUGUUCAAAGCUGUCCUUGAGAGAUGCUGUUGCGACCUUGGUUUUUGCGCUGAAUCGUAGAUGUGCCUGAAUGAACUGCGCUGAGCCACCCGCAGUACUAGGCUACAACGCUUUUAAAAAUCUCACAAACGAAUAAUUCGAUUGGACCCAAUUCAUGCCGUGGAACUCUUCACAAACCAGAAUGUAGCAGGUUUUGCCUCUGGCAAUUUUGAAAAUGCGAUACCGAAUUCCGGUCAUGUCUGGCACCUAAUAGGCUCACAGUUUGGAUCACUGAACAAAAUUGGACAGUGAGGACUGCGUCGUCCGUUUGAGUGGCGAGAACAACGCAGUCAUCGACUAGCUUAUAGUCACUACGGUUUGCCAGAAACUAACGUUAGUGCAUGAUGUUGGUGAGCUGUCAGGUACUUUUUUAAAAGCCAUUUUUUUUGUAUUUGGGGACAAUUCCGUUGUUUUUCUUAGCCGAAUUUCACACUCGCAGCGGGGUUUUACAUUACAGAUUAUGUAAUUUUCGCUGUGCAUGUUCAGACCGUCUUCUCCACGCUGUCUCCAAAGAGAGGGGCAAUGCUGCACGACCGAAAAUAUUAGGAUCAGUGUUGCGGUCAAAGAUAAAGAAAAUAGCAUAGAGACGUCGGGCGAUGACCAUUUAACUGCAGUAAAGAUGUGCGACCGAGUCUGAGACGGUCGUGUUCGAGAUCUGGGAGAACGAGCUGUGAUUUGGGGUUUUUUAUUUAGUGGAUGCUACACUAAAGAAUGGGCUACUCCGACCCGUCGGGUAGAGAUUUGCUCGGAAACAGAUCUCUUUGUUUUAUAUUUAUUUGUGCUUUUGGACUAGUUACUCUUUUACAACAGAUUCUUUAUGGCAAAAACUACAUUAAAAGAGAAAUGCGUCAGGACCAAAUAUUUACAUACACCUUGUCUGGAAUGAAGACAAGUGGGCAACAGUUUAGCCGAGUCAAAGGAGACGAAACAGCCAAUUGGACGGGGCCAGUUAAUUUCUCGGAUGAUGGAUCACUGAAGCCUGCCAGAAAUGGGAAGAAAAGAUGUGUCCGUCAGAAUUUUCAGCGUCAGAGCGAGUCACAGAACUCUGUUAUUAUCACUCCCUGCCUAGCCGAUAUUCAGAAGAAAAAAAAACGCAAUCAAAGGUAUCUUGAGAUGUAUGAUGGUUCUUAUGAAUUCAACUCCACAACAUGCAAGGAAUUCAGACAGGAGAUCAUGGACGUGAAAGUCCUCACAAUGGUGAAGACGGCCGACCUCUUCGAUCGAUGGAGGAAUCUGCAGAUCUGCAAGUGGGAGCAGAGCAAGGCGGAGACCAACGCUUUCAAGAGUUCCUUGUCCCAUUGUUGCAAUGCGCCCUCAUUCCUCUUCACCACCAAGAGGAACACACCCUCAGGGACCAAGCUGAGGUAUGAGGUCGACACCAGUGGAAUCCUACACAUCAGCUCUGAAAUCUUCAAGAUGUUCCCAGACGACAUGCCAUACACCAAGUCCCAAUUCAAAAAAUGUGCAGUGAUUGGCAAUGGAGGAAUCAUCAAGAACAGCAAAUGUGGGAAAGAGAUUGAUUCUGCUGACUUUGUCUUUAGAUGCAACAUACCUCCCAUCUCUGACAAAUAUGCUGAAGACGUAGGGUACAGGACCGACAUCGUGACAAUUAAUCCGAGUAUUAUCACUGAAAGGUUUCAGAAGCUGGAGAAAUGGAGGAAGCCAUUUUACGAGGUGCUGCAGAACUACGAGAACUCCUCUGUAGUUCUGCCGGCCUUCUACAACACGCGCAACACCGAUGUCUCCUUCCGCGUCAAGUACAUGCUGGACGACUUUGACUCACAGAAAGGCGUAUACUUUUUUCACCCACAGUACCUGCUAAAUGUGCAGCGGUUCUGGUCGCUCCAGGGUGUCCGGGCGAAAAGACUGAGCAGCGGCCUUAUGCUCGUGACGGCAGCAAUGGAACUCUGUGAGGAGGUCCAUCUUUACGGCUUCUGGGCAUUUCCCAUGAACCCCGCGGGAAUUUUUAUCACGCACCACUACUACGACAACGUCAAGCCCCGGCCAGGCUUCCAUGCCAUGCCCCACGAGAUUUUCAACUUUCUGCAUUUGCACAGCAGGGGAAUCCUCCACGUCCACACCAAUCCAUGCAGGUGAUGAUGUGCGCGCUUCUGACUUUGCAGCGCGUUAGUUCAGUUAAGUUAUCGGUUCGCCACUUUUGCAUAAAACUAAACGAUGCGUGGAUAUUUCUUUUUUUUCUUUCUGUCCGAUUCCCUCUAGACACUUUGUUUAGACACAAGCGCGAGACUUUAGGUACUCUUCUGCUAAUUGCCUUUUAUUUAUUUCUGCGGUCGCUUGCUUUCAAGCCAAAUAUGUUUUCUACUUUGAGUUUAUUUGUUGCCUGCAUAUGAAGCAAGAAGAUUUUCGCUGGGACAAAGAAAAUUUAAAUGUGAAUUCAUUGUCUAAAUGUAAGUGGUUUUAUGAGUGACGUCGUGUUUGUGCUAUUUCUUAGUGAUACUGCUGUAAAUAAGUUACUAUCCAUUUAACUUUGCACGAAGCCAUUGUUCAGCUUAGAUUUUCUUCAAAUUCCUCUCGUGCAUUUUCUGAGACUAAAUGUGCAUUUAAGUUGUGUUGCCAGUUUGAAUUUAGAAGUUUAUAAACAUGUACAUUUUAAUUUGUAGUAACCUCCGCCAGUUUAGUCUUUACUCUUGUCAUUCACCUUUUAAUUUUAAAUUGGUCCAUCCAUGUUAAUUAGAUGCACCAUUUAGUCCCUUCUGAAUUUUCAUUCAUUAUAAGUGCACAUGCUUAAUGCUUUACUAAGCAUAGGAAUUAUGUCACAUCACAUGGACGUGUUCCUAAUUAAACAGGCCACUUUGAGUUACGUUUGUUUAUAGACUAAUAUAGAACAAUAUCUGACUGAAGGCCUGUUUCAAAAAGCUGUUUACAUCAAAGCACACAGUAAAAUGUCCAGUGUUAAUUCAACUCUAAGAGUAGGCUACAUAUUGCUCUACUCUGGACCUGAGCAAGACCAUAUGUACUCUAUAAGAAUUGAUUUAACACUAUACAUUUUACUGUGCAAGAACCAAAUUUUAUAUGUAUUGUAUGAAAUCCAGAAAAUAGCCUACUUUCGCUUUCUUUCAUAUAUUAAACCAUACUGCCUUAUAUUAAAAAUGUCCAAGGUAAUAGUGUGCAGAGACCUACUGUUUUUAAAUAAGAGCAGUACAAAUUAUGCUACAUGUAUGCAGUGUAGUAUCACAUUUAUACACAUUAACUAACAUAAUGCAUUUUCAUACAGGCACCUUGCUAAUGAUUUGCUGAAAGCUAUUAUCAAAGUUGCUUGACUAACACCUGUCUUGUAGUUCCACAGAUUGUAUUCCCGAGGGAUAAAAUAUCAAUAGUAAAAAAUGAAAAACAGAUAUGAAGUGAAAUGUUCCUGACAUGACUAUGAAAUAUGACUUUAAGGACAAUGUUGCCUUUAAAUUACAGCUUCAGAAUGCACAUUGCACAGAUGCUAGGUUAUUGAAGCCAAAGUGUAUUCGCUCAAUUAUGAAGAAUAAUCUUUGUAAUGAUUAUAGGCUUUCAGGGGACAGUGCUUCUAAAUGGUUUUAUGGUCUGCUGAAGAAUAAUCAUCCUUAUCUGAUGGUACUUGCAAUGUAUAGUAUUUCAUUUAUUUUGUAAUAUACCCAUUGUCACCUCAGUAAUGUUUGCAUGCAUUCCCUUUUGAUACUUGGCUUUGAGUGUACUGUGGCCUCUUGAUGAACAACUGACCAAGUUUACACAUUUUAUUUCAGUUUCUGCUGGAUACAAACCGAUAUUUGUAGUGAAAUGUCCUUGUCAUUUGAAGACAUAAGAACAAUAUUUUAACAUGUUUUUAAUUGAGUUCUGCAUUUUAGAAAAUGCAGUCGGAUGGCUUUCGUGUUGUACCCCAUCCUGAUUUUUCACAUUUCUAGAUGUGUAUUUUAUUACUGUAGUACUGUACACAGUUGUCUUUUUUAACUGAGAGUGUUUUUAAUUGUUUGAAAUCUACUUCUGAUCAUAACAGUGUAUCUGCGUUUGAGAGAUUCAGAUCAGAUGACCUUUAAUAAUUGAAGUUGUGCUUUAAUAGGGGAAUCUGUACUUAUCUGUACUGUCUUCUAUAGAGAGGAGCAUCAGAUGAACAAAUACAGGCCCCAAUAUUUUAAGGGGCAUGCACUCAGAUUGAGGCUGUGGUGGGCUAGGAACCAGAGUAGCUUGGAAAUAUGGUCUGUCUCCAUUUAGGAGGCUAUAAUUCACCAAUACUUAAACACUAGGUCUUAUUGGUAUUUUUCCAAAAUUAUGGAAAAAUACAAAUAACCAACAGAAGUAAAUUGACAUGUUAAAAGUAAACAUAUGCAAAGUGUUUUUCUUUGUCCUCCUCAGUGUGCAAAGUUGACUUGUAUAAAUAAAUUACUCCAAAGGGAAUUUACUGGUAGUUGUAUUUACAUGCUGAAAGUGCUUGAGAAUUUGCUAAUAUUAAGUGAUCAUUUUGAUCCACACACAGACAGACACACCAUAGAAAAUAAAGAUAUCAAUAGUUGUUUGAACAUUUAUGAUGUUAAUAAUAUCGAGGUCUAAUUUCAGCCUUAUUUGCUCAGUCCACCGGAACUUAGAAAGACAUUUCUGACCAUUUAUAAAAAGUGUGAAAAACUGGAUAUGCACCCAGAACCACAUACUGUAUCUAUAGUCACACAAAUGGUGUGAAACACUUCUUAAUCAUAAAAAAGAUUUUUCCAGACAAACCAUUCUGUCAUCCUUUGUAAUGUAAUUAAUUAUUUAAAUUCUGUCAUGCCUCUGUUCAAGAACAAAACAUUUGAGGAAAUUGAAUCUGCUCUGCCAGUCUUGUUACAGUAUUAGUUGAUUCGAGACGCAGAACCAAACAGACUGCAUAAUGAAAUUUAGCACAUAUUUUCAUGUUAAAAAAUGUAAAAAAUUAUCAUGCAUGACCCUCAUAUAAACUGAUAAAGCCAGCUGCAGGUAUGAAAUGCUGGUCAUCACUGUCAAAAACUAGCACCUGCACUGAAUAAGUAUGUUACUUCCGGAUGAUGCCUGUACAUUCCAGUGAUAGCAGCUUGUACCAGUAAACUUUCCCGCUGACGUUUCUAGGUACUGUUUCUGUAAAUAAAUAUUUUUGUCUGCAUUUAUUUAAAUGAUGUGGACACAUAUCACACUUAUGAAAACCAAUGGAAGAAUCGCAUUACAGACUUUGUGUCAAGAAGUUCCAGAUUCAGGUCCAUAUUCAGAGGCAUGGGCUAUGAAAUACAGGUUUAGAUUGAUUUUAAAAAAAAUAAAAUAAGUUACACAAUUAAAAAAUAUUUCAGGGAUUAAAAAGAAACAGAUACGGACAAUAUCAUUUGAGUUUACUCAUUUUGACACUGAAUUAAAAUUAUUUGAACAAUUGCAAUUGACAUGCAGUGUCACAAGUUCUCUCUGUACUCCUGAGGUCUGCAAACACAUUAUGUAUAAUAUUUGACAAUGCAUACACUGAUUAUUGUUUAUGCUUGUAAUUAACAGAACCAUGUAAGCAAAUCAUAAACUACAUCAGUAUGCAUUGUAUAAAGCUCCAGUUUGACUGCUUAAACUGACUUCACCUUCCUUUUCAUGUGGAAUUUGGGGAGCUUUAUAAAACGUGUAAUUUUAAGCAGCAGAAUUUGAGUUGCAUAGGAAUUGAUAGUGGAAAUAGGCAGGGAAUUCAACUGGACUUCUUUCGUGGAACUGAAAAACUGUGGGUCAUUUUGUAAAUAAAUUUGGAUUUUGCCUA